AAUCGGACAGGAAAUUGAAGGAAAAGUAAAUUAAAAAAAAAAAAAAAAAAAGAAAGGAAAAUCAGCCCGCGUUCGAAGCAAACGCCAAAGCCUCCCUCUGAAGAACAACAAUUCACAAGCAACGGAAGAGGAAUCUCCUGCUAACAGGGAUUGUCUGUUUCAUCUCCUCCUCAUCGUCCGUUUCUUCUUCUUGUUCAGGUUCGACCCAGUUGCUCGACUGAGUCUGUUGUCACCACCUUGCUCUGGGAUUUCGAUUUGUUACAGCCACGGAGACUGCUUCCAUCCCCUUUGCUGUUCCAGUUCUUUUCCGGGGCUCUGAUUGGGUUUCUGUCUUAUCACGCUCCGCAGGUUUCUGAAUGGUUGCGAAGGGUGCAUCCUUUUUGGUAAGAUUCUUGUUGGGGGACUGAGAGCUCUGUUCUUGGUCCCCAGCAGGUGAGACACAUGUUGGGGGUGGGUGGGACUCGACGUACGUAGCUGUCGACAAUGAGUGGGGAGCUUCUUCUUCAUAGCCCAUUUCUUGGCGUGUCUCUUUAUGGCUCUGUUGAUGGAAGACAGGGUGGAAUUUGUUCCGUGGCCCCCGGGAGAAGGCGGCACAACCUAAGAAUGGCUACCAGGAAAUGCUCCUGCUCAAAGCAGAACCCUUGGGUGUCUCGGGCAGUCUGGUUCUCGCAUUUCUUUCAGAGGAACGUGGAGCUGCUGAAGAGGAACAUUGGUUCGAGAAGUGGGUUCGUCGUUAAAUCCGUCAAGGAACCUCUGACUCGGAGCAGGGCCUUGGUGAAGUCAUUGAGUCCGUUGUGGCAUGAGGGGCUUCUGUUAUUCAGGUGUUCCGUGUUUGUAGCUGUGAUAUCCGGGGUGUGCUUGGUGGUAUGGUAUGGGCAGACAAGAGCCAAGGGCUUUGUGGAAUCCAAGCUUUUGCCUUCUGUUUGUUCGAUACUAGGUGAACAGUUUCAGCGCGAACUUGAUUUUGGUAAGGUUAGACGGAUUUCACCUUUAAGCAUCACUUUGGAGUCAUGCUCAUUCGGUCCUCACACGGAAGAAUUUUCUUGCGCCGAGGUCCCUACGGUCAAACUUCGUCUUCUGCCUUUUGCUAGUUUAAAGAGGGGAAAAAUUGUCAUAGAUGCAGUGAUGUCUCACCCGAGUUUACUUGUUGUGCAAAAGAAGGAUUACACUUGGUUGGGCAUACCUUACUCAGAAGGCAGUCACCAGAGGCACCUCUCCAGUGAGGAAGGGAUUGAUUAUCGUACACGAACCAGAAGGAUUGCCAGGGAGGAAGCGGGGGCUCGUUGGGCCAAACAACGGGAUGACGCAGCUAUGCAAGCUGCUGUGAGUGGCUACAUAGUUUCCGAGAAAGGUAUCAGUCAAUCUGAAGAUGAUUCUUUUAGAGAGGAUGCGAGUCAUUUGGCAAAACAGCUGAGCGCCGAAUCCUUUUUGUGCAUGGAUGAAAAGAUGCAUUGGAGAGAUCACCAUUGUAUGGACACUGGCUCUGACUAUGAUAUGAAGCAUGCAGAUUUGGAGAAAUCAUUUGGUGUACAAAUGCCCGAGUCAGGAUUGAGUUUUUGGCCUAGAGUUAUCCAAGGAACUAGAAAGCAAAAAUUGAAGAGGAAGGCUAAUGGAAGUGAGAUCUCUGAGAAUCGUAUAGUUGCUAAAAGAAGAAUGCUCGAUCGUAGUGCCUUGGCUGCAGCUUCAUAUUUCCAGGGUCUGUCCCAGGGGUUUACAAAUGAGCUGUCAAAAUCACCAGGAAAUUAUGAUACUAUGGAGAUCGAUACCCUUUCGAUAAAUAACAAGGAAGAUACCAAUGCUGGGACCACUAAAACAAGUUACGAAGGACAUUCAGAGGCUGUUGUCAGUAACGAAAUGCAUAUAGAACCUACAGGAACCAAACCUCUUACAACUAUUGGAGAUGACAGUAGAUCCCUAAACAGUGUUCCACAUGAUCCUUCGCCUAUCACUGAUGGAGCAAACCAAUCAAGUGAGAAUGUUGAGCUUAAGGGUGACGAUAUAGAUGAUGAUGCGAAUCAACUAAUAGACAUUGGUGAUGCAUCAGAGAGUGAAAGAAGGUCUCAGGCAUCCCAAAGUUCUAAUUCUUUUAAGAUCCUACCCUGGCUUUCAAUGGAAGGGCCGGAUCAAAAGGGGCAUACACAGAGAAAAUUUUCUCAUUUUCCUGAAAAUGUAAAGGAGCAAUUACGUUACCUCCUUGCUGGCUCCUUUCAAAAGUUGAAGUCAAACAUCGCUCCGAAACUUGAAGAUUUAGUUGCUGAACUUGUUGAUGGUGUAGAAGUAUCACAAAAUGAAGGCAUAAGUAAGAUGCUUCCGGUGACUUUGGAUUCGGUUCACUUCAAAGAUGGAUCAUUGAUGCUUCUUGCUUAUGGUGACAAUGAGCCUAGGGAGAUGGAGAAUGUAAAUGGGCAUGUUAAAUUUCAGAAAAACUAUGGCCUUGUCCAUGUUCAGCUGAACGGAAACUGUAAGAUGUGGAGAUCAGAUGCAACGUCUGAAGAAGGUGGAUGGCUAUCUGCUGAUGUUUUUGUCGACAGUAUUGAGCAACAGUGGCACACUAAUCUAAAGAUUGCUCACCUGUUUGUUCCACUUUUUGAGAGGAUAUUAGAAAUCCCAAUUGCAUGGUCCAAAGGGAGAGCCACUGGUGAGGUUCACAUUUGCAUGUCAAGCGGAGAAACAUUUCCGAAUAUUCAUGGGCAGCUUGAUGUGUCAGGAUUGGCUUUUCAGAUAAAUGAUGCUCCAUCUGCAUUUUUGGAUGUCUCGGCAAGUUUAUGCUUCCGUGGUCAGCGAAUAUUUUUACACAAUGCGAGUGGAAUGUUUGGAAGUGUUCCUUUAGAAGCUUCUGGAGAUUUUGGCAUUCAUCCUGAUGAAGGGGAGUUUCAUGUUAUGUGUCAGGUUCCUUCUGUGGAAGUCAAUUCCCUGAUGAAGACAUUUAAAAUGAGAAAAUUGCUAUUUCCUCUCGCUGGUUCAGUAACUGCCGUAUUCAACUGCCAAGGUCCAUUGGAUGCCCCUACUUUUGUGGGGAGUGGAAUUGUUUCUAGGAAAAUAGCCCAUCCUGUUCCUGAGAUUCCUUCAUCUGUUGCAUAUGAAGCAAUGAUGAAAAACAAGGAGGCUGGUGCGGUGGCUGCAUUUGAUCGAGUUCCAUUUUCAUACCUAUCAGCCAACUUUACCUUCAACACUGACAACUGCGUUGCCGACCUUUAUGGAAUUAGAGCUAGUCUCGUGGAUGGUGGUGAAAUAAGAGGGGCUGGGAAUGCAUGGAUUUGUCCAGAGGGAGAGUUGGAUGAAACUGCCAUGGAUGUAAAUUUGUCCGGAAAUAUGUUCUUUGAGAAAAUUUUGCAACGAUAUAUUCCCGGAUAUCUUCAUCUAAUGCCACUGAAGUUGGGAGAUUUAAGCGGAGAGACGAAGCUUUCUGGAUCACUUUUAAGACCGAGGUUUGAUAUCAAGUGGACUGCACCAAAAGCCGAGGGAUCUUUUAUUGAUGCUAGAGGAGACAUAAUAAUCUCGCAUGAGUAUAUCACCAUCAAUUCUUCAUCAGUUGCUUUUGAAUUGUACUCGAAAGUCCAUACUUCUUACCUUGAUGAUUACUGGCUUGAGAAAAGAGAUGUUAAUGCAACAAACGCUAUGCCAUUUACUGUUGAAGGAGUUGAGCUCGAUUUACGCAUGCGUAAUUUUGGAUUCUUUAGCUGGGUAUCUUCUUAUCCUUUUGAUUCUCCAAGACCAGUGCAUCUGAAGGCAACUGGAAGGGUAAAGUUUCAGGGAAAGGUUUCUGAACCAUCUGCUCAUUCCAGUGGGCUUAAGAAUGAACAAGAUUUGCAAACGGCAGUUAAAGGAAGCAGUAAACACCUUGCUGGUGAGGUUUCAAUCUCCGGUCUCAAAUUGAAUCAGUUGAUGCUGGCGCCUCAGUUGGCAGGGUUAUUGAGAAUUUCCCGAGAACAUAUCAAGUUGGACACCACAGGAAGACCAGAUGAAAGUCUUGCGGUGGAGGUAGUGAGCCCGCUACAGACAGGUGAGGAGAACCUACCAAAUGGGAAGUUGUGGUCCUUCUCUUUACAAAAGGGGCAGCUAAGAGCCAAUGUUUGCUUUAGGCCUCUACAGUCUGCCAACUUGGAGGUACGCCACCUGCCACUUGAUGAGUUAGAGUUGGCUUCACUUAGAGGAAUGAUUCAGAGGGCAGAAAUUCAGCUUAAUCUUCAGAAAAGAAGAGGUCAUGGAGUUCUAUCAGUACUUCGGCCAAAAUUCAGUGGUGUGCUUGGUGAAGCCCUGGACGUGGCUGCAAGAUGGAGUGGAGAUGUUAUUACAGUUGAGAAAACUGUCUUAGAACAAACCAACAGUCAUUAUGAGCUUCAGGGCGAAUAUGUCCUUCCUGGCACCAGAGAUCGGAGUACUGCAGGCAAUGGAAGGGGUGGAUUGUUGAAGCGGGCCAUGACUGGACAUCUGGGUAGUGUCAUAUCUUCUAUGGGGAGAUGGAGAAUGAGACUUGAAGUUCCUAAAGCUGAAGUUGCUGAGAUGCUUCCACUUGCAAGACUUGUUUCUCGAAGUACAGAUCCUGCUGUUCAUUUUAGAUCCAAGGACCUUUUCAUUCAAAGUUUGCAUUCUGUGGGAUUAUAUGCUGAAAGUCUACAUGAUCUCCUUGAGGUGAUACGCGGGCAUUAUACUCCCUUGAAUGAAGUAAUCCUUGAAGACCUAACACUUCCUGGCUUAGCCGAACUUAAAGGCCGCUGGCGCGGUUCUCUUGAUGCAAGUGGUGGAGGAAAUGGGGACACAAUGGCAGACUUUGAUUUCCACGGGGAUGAUUGGGAAUGGGGAAUCUACAAAACUCAGCGUGUUUUAGCAUCUGGUGCAUAUAGCAAUGAUGACGGGUUGCGCCUGGAAAAAUUCUUCAUUCAGAAGGAUAAUGCAACAGUCCAUGCUGAUGGGAAUGUGUUCGGCCCAAAGACAAAUCUUCAUUUCGCUGUUCUAAAUUUCCCAGUCAGUUUAGUUCCUGCUGUCGUUCAUUUCAUGGAAUCUUCUGCCACUGAAGUCAUUCAUUCUCUGAGGCAAUUAGUUGCCCCUGUUAAGGGCAUUUUACACAUGGAAGGAGAUCUCAGGGGUAGUUUGGCAAAACCAGAAUGUGAUGUUCAAGUUAGACUCCUUGAUGGUGCUGUUGGAGGAAUAGAUUUGGGACGAGCUGAAGUUGUCGCCUCCCUCACUUCCACAAGCCGUUUUCUAUUCAAUGCAAAAUUGGAACCAAUACUUCAAAAUGGUCAUGUUCACAUUCAAGGCAGUGUUCCUGUUAAUUUUGUCCAGAACAACAUCCUCGAAGAAGAGAACGUUGAAGCUGAUAAAGAUAAAAGAGAUCCUUCCUGGGUCUCAGAUUGGAUGAAGGAAAGUGGACGUGGUGCUUCAGAUGAAGCUGGUGAAAAGAAACUCUUGAGAGGCAGAAACGAAGAGGGUUGGGAUACACAAUUAGCAGAAAAUCUCAAAGGUUUAAGCUGGAACAUCUUGGAUGUUGGGGAAGUGAGGGUUGAUGCUGAUAUCAAGGAUGGGGGCAUGAUGUUGUUGACAGCGCUGUCUCCACAUGCCAGGUGGCUUCAUGGCAAUGCUGAUAUCGUGCUUCAGGUUCGUGGCACAGUUGAGCAGCCAGUGCUCGAUGGUUCCGCUUCUUUCCACAGAGCAUCUGUGUCUUCCCCAGUGCUCCGGAAACCCCUUACAAACCUUGGUGGCACAGUUCAUGUGAAGUCAAAUCGAUUGUGCAUUGGUUCACUGGAGAGUAAGGUCAGCAGAAGGGGAAAAUUGUUCAUAAAAGGAAAUCUGCCGCUCAGGACAAGUGAAGCAGUUGCAGAUGAUAAAAUUGACUUAAAGUGUGAAGUGCUGGAAGUACGAGCGAAGAAUAUAUUAAGUGGACAGGUAGACACUCAGAUGCAGAUAACAGGUUCCAUAUUGCAACCAAACAUUUCUGGGAAUAUCAAAUUGAGUCAUGGAGAAGCAUACUUGCCCCACGAUAAGGGCAGCGGAGCUGCUCCUCUAAACAGGCUUGCGACGCAGCAAUCCCGGCUCUCUGUUGGCGGCAUAAACCGUAUGGUUGCUUCAAGAUAUGUUUCACGAUUCUUCAGCUCAGAACCGUCUUCUUCAAGUACUAGAUUCCCUCAACCAUCAGUGAAAGCUGCUGAAGGUGAGAAAGACAUGGAUCUCGUGAAUAUCAGACCAAAAGUAGACGUCCGCCUGAGCGAUUUGAAGCUUAUUCUGGGGCCGGAGUUGAGGAUUGUUUAUCCUUUGAUCCUUAAUUUCGCCGUCAGUGGCGAGCUCGAGCUUAAUGGCCUCGCCCAUCCCAAGUGGAUAAGGCCCAAAGGCAUUCUCAUGUUUGAGAAUGGUGAUGUCAAUCUCGUCGCAACUCAGGUAAGGCUCAAAAGAGAGCAUCUGAACAUAGCCAAGUUCGAGCCUGAGCAUGGACUUGAUCCAUUGUUAGACUUGGCUCUGGUGGGGUCGGAGUGGCAAUUUCGGAUUCAGAGCCGAGCAAGCAACUGGCAGGACAAUUUGCUUGUGACCUCCACGCGUUCAGUGGAGCAGGAUGCCCUCUCACCAACUGAGGCUGCAAGAGUGUUUGAGAGUCAAUUGGCGGAGUCUAUAUUAGAAGGAGAUGGGCAGCUCGCAUUUAAGAAGCUCGCGACUGCAACUCUUGAAACCCUGAUGCCUAGAAUCGAAGGCAAGGGGGAGUUUGGCCAGGCAAGGUGGAGGGUAGUGUAUGCUCCUCAGAUCCCAAGCUUACUCUCCGUGGACCCCACCGUUGAUCCUCUCAAAUCCAUAGCAAGCAACAUAUCAUUCGGUACCGAGGUCGAAGUCCAGCUUGGGAGACGUCUCCAGGCCUCCAUUGUUAGGCAGAUGAAGGAUUCGGAGAUGGCCAUGCAGUGGACCUUGAUCUACCAGCUCACAAGCCGUCUACGGGUUCUCCUGCAAUCUGCUCCAUCCAAGCGCCUCCUCUUCGAAUACUCGGCUACAACCCAGGGCUAAGAUCCGAGAUCUUGGAAGGCAGGGCAGAGCUCUCCAAACUCGUUCCCUUUUCUCUCGUUUUUCCGUCAAUUUUCUUGGUUUCGGAGAUUGAAAUGUUACAUCAGAUGAUGUAAAUAUGUAUUCAUUCUUUUGCUCAGAAAUGUCUGUACAGCGUCAGAUUGUAGGCUACGUGAUUAGUGACAAAAUAAACUCACUAUUUAUUGUACUCGAUAGUAAUGAAAGUCGAGAUUUCAGAAAAUCACUGUUAAGGUCCCGAUUAUUUCA